UUGUAAAUAUUAAAGCAAUUGAAGUGUUUAAUAAAAUCAUACAAACGAAAGAAAGAAAUUGUUUAAUUGAGAUACACAAUUUAUUAAAGAAAAUUCAUAAUAUUAAAUAAAUAAAAAUACAAAUUUAAUGUGUUUUCAGUUUUAAUAAAAGUAAAACUUACAAAUUUGUGCAUAUAUGGCGAGUGUUGAGAUUGUGAAGCAGGCAAGAAAGGGUGCAUAAUUGUAGAAAUCUUGUGAUAGAUAUUUUGAAUAUUCUCUGUGGCAAAUAGAAAGCCAAGCGUUCUGGCUUAGCAAGAAAGUAGCAAUUACAAUAAAAUUAGUGACAAAUUGCUUAAGGAGACUGUGUGGUACCCACUUAUGGCGGCGUUGGCACUGUUGGCGAUGUCGCUUUGAAACGCCACUAUACAUACAAAAAAAUAUUAUUAAUUAAAAUUAAAUUAUAAUAAAAAGGGGUGUGAAUGCACAGUUGGUUGGCUGUGAAUUUGUCAGACGGCAGCCGCAAAAUCAAGCAGAUAUUCAUCAUACAAAAGUGGAAGCUCGCCAGGAAGAGCCGGCGUAUUCAUGUUCAAUUAUGUAUGUUAAACGGCUAUCGUAUUGGCAGCUAAAAUUGACGGAAUGAUUAAGACACAGACGCAACUGGAAUGGACCUGAAGAUAAGUGAUCGCACUAACAAAGAGGCCACAGCGUUUCACAAAUUAGGCCAGGGUUGCUCAGCUAGUAGCUGUCUUUAGCAAAAACUUCACUGUGGAUCUUCUACAAAACUAACACCACAUUUAUGGAAUCUAUCUUCUAUUCAGUUACUCUCCACAAGUUCAAAGAUAAGCUUGAAAAUAAAGAUAUCACUUUACGCCUGAGUGACUUCAUUGUACACGUGAUUGCAUCAGACACAAAGGCGACCCUUUCCCAUUCUCCUUAUAGUGUGAAACUCAGCGUCGUACGUCAAAGUGUGCGUUUACAACAACUUUACAACUUUACCGCUACGUGAAAAGUGUUUGUGUGUUUGUCCACUCAUUGCCUUCAUUGCGGAGUCUCCGCAUCCAUUUCCCUACACCCCACAUGCCAUGAUGCGUUACUCGGAAAUCUCCAGAGAAUUAUCGACGGAUAGUUUGCGUUACGUUGAACUAGGCGAGGAGUAUAUCUAUAAGAAUUUACGCGAAGAUUCGCCGCGCAGUGACACCCAUUCCAAUGCUAGCAGCGGUUGCAUGGCACCACCAACAUACGCUACCAGCAAUCAUCACCAACACCUUACACAGCAAGAACAGCAACAACAACAAUUGAAUUUACAACAGCAGCAACAGCCACAGCCACAGCAUCACCGCGCCGAUUACACUAAUUCGAUGAACAAUUGCGGCCAACAACACUCAGCCGGUUUACGCAAUUCCAAACGUUAUUCGUGUGGGCGUAACGGUAGUCAUGAUGGCGCCGCAACCAUUUCCUACAUGCGUCCACGCAAGGAUAGCACACGCUCAACGCAGAGUUGUCAAUUCGAUGCCGAACAGUUGACGCAAGCAAUCGCCAGCAAGACAAUGCAUGUGAAAAGUAGUCGUCGCAAAAACUCCAUUGGCUGUCUGAAUUCGUUGUCCUCAUCGCCGGGCUCGCCGGGUUGCUACUACUGUGUUGGCACCGCACCACCGCCCGGAAAGAGCCAAAGUCUGCCCGCACGCUCGUCUAUAAACAAUUUAGAUGCGGUCAUUUUGAAUGCUCUACGCGUGCCGGCUGACGAGUUGGCCAAUCAGAUUACGCUCUUGGAUUUUCCCAUCUUCGCUGCCAUACAACCGGACGAGCUGACCAGUUGCGCUUGGACGAAGAAGGACAAACACGUCGUCACACCAAAUAUUGUUGCAUUUACGAAACGUUUCAAUCACACCAGUUUUUGGACUGUGCAGGAGAUAUUAAGCGGCGAACAGCCAAAGCAACGUGCCGAAAUACUGACACACUUCAUUAAGGUGUCCAAGAAACUGCACGAACUCAACAAUCUGCAUUCGCUGUUCGCCAUCGUUUCCGCCAUGCAAAGUGCCAGCAUUUUCCGUUUGAAAAAGACUUGGGCUUGCCUGUCCAAAAAGGAUCGGCAAGCAUUUGAACGACUGAGCGAUAUAUUCAGCGAUCAAAAUAAUUGGGAGAAUUUACGUGCCUAUUUGGAGAGUCUACGUCUACCAUGCAUACCCUAUUUGGGCUUAUUCCUGACCGAUCUAAUUUAUAUUGAUUUGGCACAUCCACAUAAGGGUGGUCUCGAACCCGAGCAACGACGCAAUAAGAUGAAUAAUAUUUUGCGCGUCAUCGCCAAUUAUCAACAGUCAAACUACACGCAUAUAAUACCAAUUGAGGCAACACAAAAGUAUUUGACAUCCAUACGCUAUAUUGAGGAGUUGCAGAACAUCUUCGAAGAGGAUCAAUAUAAAAAAUCUCUAAAAUUGGAGCCCGCCUCACCGUCCGGUCCCAGUUCAUCGUCUUGCAGCUCGAAAGAGUCUUUCAAUAUAGACGCUAUCACACCGGCAUUAGCUUGCUUGAAUCUCUCACCCGCCAAAACGAUCGGUUCCAUGCGCAUCGCCAACAGUAGCGGCACUAAAUUUAUACCCGGCCAUCGCAAAUGUCGCAGCCUGGGCACCAAAUUUCGCAGCACAAGCUUGCCGCGAAAUUUCUAUCACAAAUGCCAAUGCUCCAUUAUGAUGAUCGCACCCGGUAUUGGCACCAUUUCGAAUAAGCGUUGUAGAUGCAGUCGCAUUUUCGGCAAAAUCACACAUUCGCACAACGACAGCGCCAACUAUGGCAAUCCCACGCUAAUGCUCGGCUAUGGCGACGAACACUAUCUGCACGACUACAGUGUGCUCAGCCAGCAACAAGCGCGCCAUCUACUCGACGAUUCAGUGUUGGAGCAGAGCAGUAAUAUGUUGAGUAGCGGUGAUGCCACCUCGAACGAUAGCGUUGAGGGCGCACUAUGCCACAACAGCGAUUUGGAGCUGAUCUAUGCGCCUACGCUCGAUCCGGAGAAUUGUGUGCAGGGUUGUGUGCGUCGUAAGACGGUGCAGAAGGAGGGCCGUAAGCCCGCUGUGGCCUCGUGGCAACGCUACUGGUUGCAGAUUUGGGCCAAUUCGCUCGUGUACUUUCCGCCCAAAUCAUUCAAAGGCAGCGAACGUAGCGACUUCAAGCGCGAACCGUGCAAAGUGUGUCCGAUCGAGGGCUGGUUCGCACAAGUCGUCGAUAAUACAAAACAUAAAAACUCAUUUGAGCUGUAUCAUCGCACCUUGGGCACAGUCUACAAAUUUCGCACGGAUAGCGCGCAGGCGACACAGCUUUGGACCGCCUCCAUUUGCAAGGUGGCCAUGCAACGCAGUGCACCCAAACCGCUGCCCAUCAAUUUGAUGUCGUUCGAGUGAUUUGAUGUGCCAAGUGGGCUAAAAUGAAAUUACGGUAAAUGCAACGAGUAGCGGUUACUUUUGAAUUUUACAACGCAGGCGGCGUGCCGUGUUUAAAAUCUAAUGCCCGCUCUAUAUACUAUGCUUGGUGUGGCUUAGUUUUAUACUCAACGCUUGUUUAAUGUUUGUUGCUUUCAUUUAACUUGUCGGCAAAUUACUCAAAACAUAGAAGAAAGAGCCCGCUUCAUAUGAAAGUUGGUGAUCAGACAACACAUUUUACAAAGGAGAAUUAAUUCUUUAAAGACUGAUACUUGUCCGGAUCGACGGACUCAACGAACUAAUGGAGACUCAGUGGAAACUCUACCGAAACUCUUAACGGAACAAAACGAAAGCAACUUUCUUAUUGUAAGGUUGCUUUAUUAUUAUUUUUUUUGCUGAGGAUUUCUGAAAUUGUUUACUGCAAUUAAAAAAAAAAAAACAAUUUUGUAAGGCAUUUUAACUGUUACUCUCACAUACAUUUGUACUUAUUUAAUAAAACAAGUGCUUACUACGUUACGGAGAGAAAUGUUAAUGAAGACAGGUUUUUAAUAUGCAUUUUUUAAACAGUAAAUAUUUACUUGAGAAAAAGAAUUAUAUGAGCCUACAGCCUAUGAGCCGCAAUGUAAUUUGAGCAGAUGAGAGAAAUUAAUGACAUUUUAAUUUAAACAGCUAAAAUUGUAGCUGAAAAUCACAGAACAAUUCAACUCUUACAGCACUGGCGAAAUUACAGUGUGUGGUCGCCGGAAAUGACCGCUAAACUCACAUAAGAAAAAUUUCGAACCGCGCAUUCAAACUUUCAAAAACUGCCUGGAAUUAGAAGUUUUUCGCUAUAACACCUAACGUGUUGUUGCCUUAAAUUACGAUGUUGCUAAUUGUUUUUUACUUGUAUGGAAGUCAUGAAUGUGAAUUUUACUUAGGCAUUAGUUUUUGUAAACCUGUAGCGCUCUUUUUCCAACUAGUACAUACAACAGAGUAGUUACAUUUAUGCAAAUUUAAACUUAAUACCUAUUGUAACUCAAAUUUAAAUUUUUAUAAGAAAUAUCUGACUUUCUGUAUAUUUUCGUGUUAUAUAAUAUUAAAUGGUUUGCAUAAAUCUUGCUCGAAAAAACUUAUUUCUAAUUUGUAUACUCUUGCAACAUGUUGCUACAGAGUAUAAUAGUUUUGUUCACCUAACUUAAUUGUAUCGCCUAAAACUAAUCGAGUUAGAUAUGGAGUAAUGUAUACUUAUAUAAAUGAUCAACGUGAAGAGCUGGGUCGAUAUAACUAUGUCCGUCUGUCCCUCCGUUCGUCCUUCUGUCUGUAUAUACGCGAACUAGUCCCUCAGUUUUUGAGAUAUCGUUUUGAAUCUCUUUUCUCCCCGAGAAGCUGCGGAACCGCCCAUAUCGAACCGCUAUAGCAUAUAAGUAGAAACAAUUGAAUAUGCUCUUAAAUCAAGUAAAAUAUUAUUUGCCAUUAGAAAAUCUGUUAAAAAUCUGUUUUCAACUUUAGAAAUGAAUAUUUCGACCGUGCUCACGCCACAUUGUUUAUAAAUGUAUAAAAAAAUCUUCAACACAAUAUUUGUUAAAUUUUGAAAGAAAAAUAUGGUCAAAUAUGUUAUAAAAAUUUGGAAAAUUGUUAUUUCGAAAAUGUUUUCAAAUAUUUUACCACCGCUCUCUCUCUGUCAUGCAGUUAAAAUGCCCAGUAAAAUACAUGUUUUAUAUAGUUAUUAAUUUUCAUACGAUUAACUUAAAAUUAGUAUUACAAUUAACUAAAUUACGAUUUACUGUUCAUACAACGACUUAAGAUUUAUCAUCAUACUUUGCCUUAGCGCUUUGCGAAUACUCUCUUUUACACAUAAGUACAUACAUAUAUACUGUAUAUUCUAUAAGCUUUGCAUGUACUAUGUACCACAAAUGUAGCUGUUAAUUAGUCCUAUGUAUCAGUUUUAUAUGAAAAAGUCUAAUUGUUAGUUGCAUAGUUAUAAUAAGCUCAUAUGUUAUACAUAUUUAAUAUAGAAAGAAAUAAUGUACUCUUAGCUUUAAAUUCAUAAAGAGAAGCCUAAACAUUUGUUCCAAUGCAGACGUGUCUGUGCGGAGGAGGCAAACGAGCAACAAAGAAAUUAAGAAGCAUCCUUAAAGUGGACUUGUUGCUAGAAAUCGCAAAAUGAAAUAACUACAGGUGAAAUAUAGCAACAGUGCCUCCAAAAAUUGCUGAGUAAUGCUAAGAUUUUCUAAAUAUGGAAACUAGAGCUUAGCGUUUAUGUCUCCGCAGCGCAGAUAUGUAUGCACAUGUAAUCGCAAAGUUCCAUUAAGACCAUGCCAACAUACACACACAUACUUGUACAUAUGUGCAAUUUAACAAAUAAUAAAAAGUAUUUUAAAAAGUCUACAGAAUAAAAGUAAAUUGUUUUAAAAUUAAAAUAAAAAGCAAAAUUAAAUCAAAAUUAUUAAAGCACCAUAUAUGUAUGUAUUGUAUUAUACACUCAUAAGCACACACACAUAUACAUAUAUAUUGAAUUUUAAAUAAAAUUAUUAUACCUGUCACAUAAAUCAAGAUCAAUGCGACUAUCCCAUACAUACAUACAAAAUAUAAAUAUAUUAUAUAACUAUUAUUACAAACAAUAUAGGGCAAUCGCAUACAUCCACAUAUACCAAUGUAUGUAUAUAUUAGCUGUUAUUUAUGAAUGUAAUUGCAUGUCACUAGCAUUGUUUUAACUUUUGUUAUAGGCUUGUUUUUUAUUGUAGUUUAAGCGCUACGCUUGAAAUUACUAUUAGUUUUACAUACCUACGAUAUUUAUGCAUAUGUAUGUGCGUUGCAAAGUAAACAAAUUUUUUAUAAUAUACACACAUACAUACAUACAUUUACUACAAUAUAUAUUUAAACACAUAUGAUGCAUGUACUCACGUAUAAAGGAUGUUAAGCGUAAAAAGAACAAAAAUAUAAAGAAAAAAAUUUAAAAAGCCAUUAAACGAGAAAAGAAAAUAAA